GAGUGAAGGAAAAAAAAAUAGGCUGGGUGGAGGAUCUUGUUAAAGAGUUUUAUUUAGGAUGAGAAGUAAAAGGAAGCUACUAGCACAUCUCCUCACCUAUCCAUGGAAAUACUUACACUGGUCUUUUUGUUUGUUUUGUUUUUACAGUGCUGGGAAUUGAACUCAAGGCCUCACAAGUGAUAAGCAAGCACUAUACCACUGAGCUACAUCCCUACCCUAACUAUUUAUCUAUACAUUUAUUUAUAGACAGAGUCUUACUAAAUUGCCGGAACUGGCCUCUCAAACUUGCAAUCUUCCUGCCUCAGUCUACUGAAUUGCUGGGAUUACAGGAUCUUGCUGUGUGGCCCAAGCUGUCCUGGAAUUCCUAAGACUCAAGCAAUCCUCCUGCCUCAGACUUCCUAGUAGCUGGCACUAAAGUGAGGUCUCAGGGCUCUAUCUUCCUUUUAUAAGAAAUGAAGUUAAAUUACUUGCCCAGACUGUUGGCGAAAGAGCUGGGAUUAAGACCCAAGUAUUCUGACUGCUAACCCAUGGGCAAGCUGAUACAAUGGGAGCUCUGCUGGCCAGGCAAAUGAUAAUGCCAGGUCCCAAAAGGCAAGAUUCUGUGAGCAACGCCUCCAGGUGUGAGCAAGUUCCAAGUAACCUCUUGAAAAAGUGUGCACCCUGGUCUGCCGCCACUUGGUAGUGGGGACUUAAGGAACAAUCUCAAGAGGGAAGCAGUCUCCACUUCCUGUCACUUUACCUAUAAUUCAUCUACCUCAAGCUCAUCAGACACUACCAAAUGUGGAGCUGGAGCUGGAGCUGGAGCAAGAAGGUAAGAGGCCAGCAGAGUAGACUGACAGCUGGCUGCCUCUAUGAAAUCCACAUUCACUGAAUCUACAGAACCUCCCUCUGCCCCAAAGCUUCUCUCAUUCUUUUUCUUUUCCUUGGUUUUCCUCUUCCAUUUGCCCAGUAUUACUCCAACCUGCUUUCCCUUGACCCCUAAAUCUGUCAGUUCUUAGCCCAAACCUACUUUCAAAAGCCAAUAAGUAAAUCAAACCCUUCUCACUCCCACAGCCACCAGAGCAGAAGUUUUUUUUUUUUUUUCUAUUCCACUAAACUUUUGUCUUUCUUUUCACAUUUCCUUGUCUACUUGAACAAGAAGGCCCGGAAGUUAUCAUUAGACAACACAGCUUACUACCGCUCCUGGGGUAAAGGUAGGAGGGUGGAGGGACCUGGGUCCCCGCCCUGAUUUGGAGCUGGGGGCACAGCUGCUUUGGUGGUUCCACCAUGGCUUGGCUGUUUGAGUUCCCUCUCUCUUCUGGGGUUGGGGAAUAGACAUAAACUUGACUUUCCCCGUUAAGGGUGGCUGACUACCUUAGAAAGGAAAGGAAGCGGCUGAAAGUCACCGCCUUCACCACCCCAACCCUCAUUUGAAGGGAAGGUGGCAUAGGGUCCCCAGUCAGAACUUCCCUGCUCCUACUGUCACGUUCCAAAAUGAAACGACCUCAAGCUGCACUCGGAGGCGGCUGACUAACUAGUCCUACCGACCCCCUAUUCUUGUCCCAGGAGAGAACCUCUGGGAUCUCCUGACCUGGUUGGGGCGGAGGAUCCGCUCCCCACCACGGUGCCUUGAUCCCGGGUCCCCAGAUCCCCUCCUUUCUCUGACCGCCGCCCCCGGCGGUUGGCGCGGGCGGUGCAGCAUGCGGCAAAGCUCUUUGCAUAAAUUAUGCUCAUGACGCAGCAGCUAAAAAAAUCCAAGUAGCAGAAGGAGGGAAAAAAGGGGGGAGGGAAAAAAGGGGGGGCCGUUACAAAGGGGGAAAGAAGAAAAAUAUAUACCUGACCGCCCCCCCUCUUCCCCUUCCCGCUUCCCGGCCGUCCCCCUCCUCCCAGCGCAGCCCACAGAGCCCCCUUCGGCUCUGCCCAGCCCCGGCGUGGGGGCCCGGGGGCGGCGGCGGGUCCCGACCGGCUCCCGGGCCGAGCUGAGCCCAGCCAAGCCGCACUGGCUUCUUUGUCUGCGGGCGGCGGCCGCCCCGGCCCCGGCCCGGGUCCCCUGGCCCGGGCUGUGAGAUGAAUCUCUAAUCGGUGGCCGCCGGGCACCCGGGGCGAAGGCGGCUCGGGCUCCGAUGGUCUGGAAAUUAUAUUGCUGUAUCAUAUCAGCCUUUGCUUUUCCAAUCCCAUCUUACCCAGGAUGCACUAGGUGUGGGCCAGCCCCCACCCCACCCUGACAACUGACCAUGGAUCCUGGAGCCGGGUCCGAGUCCUCUCUGACUGUCAAUGAGCAGGUCAUCGUGAUGUCAAGCCACGAGACCAUCCGAGUGCUAGAAGUUGGAGUGGAUGCCCAGAUCCCUGCUGAAGAUGAGGGCAAAGGACUGGAGAGUGUGGCUGCUGACAGCUCUCAGAGUGGAGGCCCUGCUGAAGCCAGCAACCCAGGGCCAGACAACCCAGACCCCUCUGCAGAGGCUGUGAAGUCACUUCCCGGGAUCCUUCCGAACCCUGCCCCCGCUAUUGCCACCUUCAGCCAAGCCCCAAGCCAGCCUCAGGCAUCGCAGACCCUGACACCACUGGCUGUACAAGCUGCCCCCCAGGUCUUGACUCAGGAAAACUUAGCCACAGUUCUGACAGGAGUUAUGGUUCCAGCAGGGGCAGUUACUCAACCUCUUCUUAUCCCCAUCAGUAUUGCAGGUCAAGUGGCUGGGCAGCAGGGGCUGGCCGUGUGGACAAUUCCUACAGCAACUGUGGCUGCCCUCCCAGGACUGACUGCUGCUUCUCCCACGGGGGCACUAUUCAAGCCACCUUUAGCUGGUCUGCAAGCAGCUGCUGUGCUGAACACCGCUCUCCCGGCACCCGUACAAGCUGCCCCACCAGUCCAGGCCUCUUCACCGGCCCAGCCCCGGCCACCAGCCCAGCCCCAGACACUGUUCCAGACCCAGCCGCUGCUGCAGACCACGCCUGCCAUCCUACCACAGCCCACUGCUGCCACCGCUGCUGCCCCCACCCCCAAGCCAGUGGACACCACCCCACAGAUCACCGUGCAGCCUGCAGGCUUCGCGUUUAGUCCAGGAAUCAUCAGUGCUGCUUCCCUCGGGGGACAGACCCAGAUCCUGGGCUCCCUCACUACAACUCCGGUCAUUACCAACGCCAUUCCCAGCAUGCCAGGGAUCAGCAGUCAGAUCCUCACCAAUGCUCAGGGACAGGUUAUUGGAACACUUCCAUGGGUGGUGAACUCAGCUAGUGUGGCAGCCCCAGCACCAGCCCAAAGCCUGCAAGUCCAGGCCGUGACCCCCCAACUGUUAUUGAAUGCUCAGGGCCAGGUGAUUGCGACCCUGGCCAGCAGCCCCCUGCCUCCGCCUGUGACUGUCCGGAAGCCAACCACGCCUGAGUCCCCUGCUAAGAGUGAGGUGCAGCCCAUCCAGCCCACACCAGCUGUGCCCCAGCCUGCUGUGGUCAUUGCCAGCCCAGCCCCAGCAGUCAAGCCAUCUGCCUCUGCUCCCAUCCCAAUCACCUGCUCAGAGACUCCCACGGUCAGCCAGUUGGUAUCCAAGCCACAUACUCCAAGUCUGGAUGAGGAUGGGAUCAACUUAGAAGAGAUCCGGGAGUUUGCCAAGAACUUUAAGAUCCGUCGGCUCUCCCUGGGCCUUACACAGACCCAGGUGGGCCAGGCUCUGACUGCAACAGAAGGUCCAGCCUAUAGCCAGUCAGCCAUCUGCCGGUUUGAGAAGCUGGACAUCACGCCCAAGAGUGCCCAGAAGCUGAAACCAGUGCUAGAGAAGUGGCUAAAUGAGGCUGAACUCCGGAACCAGGAAGGCCAGCAGAACCUGAUGGAGUUUGUGGGAGGUGAGCCCUCCAAGAAACGCAAACGCCGCACCUCCUUCACCCCCCAGGCCAUAGAGGCCCUCAACGCCUACUUUGAGAAGAACCCGUUACCCACAGGUCAGGAGAUCACCGAGAUUGCUAAAGAGCUCAACUAUGACCGGGAGGUAGUGCGAGUCUGGUUCUGCAAUCGGCGCCAGACACUCAAGAACACCAGCAAGCUGAAUGUCUUUCAGAUCCCCUAGGGCUUGGCCCCCAGCCCUGUGUUCCAGCACUUUGUACUCUUCCCUUGACACCUGACUGUCUCCACUGCCAUGACAGAACCUGUCAUUUUGCCACA